GAUUGACAUGUCCUGCAUUCCCUACACCACCUGAAUGUGUGAGGACCCCUGACAUUGACCCAAUACCAUGUGGAGUGAAAGUGACGAUUCAAUGCCCAGAUGAUGUUGUGAUUGAACUGUCAGAUGGUACAAAGGUUUCUGAGAAAGAAUUCACAUGUGAACCCCCUGAAGAAGAGCCUGAAGAUCCAGAUAAACCAAGGAGAAGAAAACCAAAGCCACCUAACCUUGAUGGACCUCCCCCUCAAACUAAACCAAGAUGUCCCAAUGUGAUGCCACCAGCUAAUGGUCAGAUUGACACACCUCGCAGUGCUAGACCUCCAUACAUUCCACCAGAGAGUAUUGCCUUCACGUGUAACCCCUGCUUUAAGUUAGUAGCAGCAGAUGGCAGCACCAGUGAUACAAUCACAUGUCAGGAAAAUGGACGAUUUGAAAAAGAUCCACCAACUUGUGUCUCUGUUGAGUGUACACAGCUAUCAAAUCCUGUGAAUGGAAGAGUGAUUCAAUCGAGCAGUUCCUGCAAUGCAGUGGCCACAUACCAGUGCAAUGAAUGCUUCUCACUCUCUGGUUCUUCAACCAGAAGCUGUGAAGCCCAAGGAUGGUCUGGAACUGCUCCAACUUGCAUUGCCUUGACAUGCCCAGGCAUACCAAGCAAUCCUGUUGGAGGGACAGUGUCUUCAAGAUCCAACACAUGUGGUACGACUGUUUCAUAUAGCUGCAAUGGUCAAUGUGCAACUCUGAUUGGAUCACCCACUAGGACCUGUCUCCCCUCUGGACAAUGGGAUAACCCAACUGAGCCAACCUGUCAAAGUGUACAGUGUCUCCCCUUUCCCACUGAUAUCCCAAAUGGUCAAGUGACUCCAAAAGCCAACACAUGUGAGACAACCUUGACCUACUCCUGCACUGACCCAUGUGCUGAACUGGUAGGGCAAGCCACAAGGACUUGUCUCUCUACUGGACAAUGGUCUCCUCAAAAUCCACCCUCUUGCCAAAUCACAUCCUGCCCCUUUAUCAGCAUUGCCAAUGCUCAGGUAUCAUCUACUAACACGCGAUGCGGCACCACAGUUACAGUCACAUGCAACCCAGGAUUCGAGUUAUCAGGGCAGAGUCAAGUAACCUGUAGGAAGAUUGGCAACCAGCCUGCAGCCUGGAGCCCUGGCCUGCCUACUUGCGGGCAGAGUAAUUGUAAUCCCCCACCCCAGGUCCCCCAGAAUGGAGCCAUCAGUACAACAGGAAGCUCAGUAGGAACUGUAGUUACAUACACAUGUAAUGAGUGCUAUGAACGUGUUGGAACUCCCACCAGGCGCUGUGUAGCACAGUUCAACGGACCACAAUGGGAUGUACCCCAGGAACCAACAUGUCAAAUUAUACAAUGUGAACAACUCAAUCUCCCAAAUGGCCAGGUGUUUGGGACACAAGCUUGUGGACAGUCAGUGCAAUUUCAAUGUAACUUUGGGUUCAGGAGAAUCGGAGCUACAUCUGCUACCUGUGUGCCAAAUAAUCAGGGUGGUGCAGACUGGAGUAACCCAGUACCUUCAUGUCAACGGAGAUGCCCAUUUAUGGGAAAUGGUGUCCAGAGUACCAAGGACCCAACAAGUCCCAGACCGGACCCCAGUGACAAUACAUACAGUCCGGGUGAUCGACUUGUCUUUGUCUGUCCUGAUUGCUUUGAGAUAGUGCCUGAUAAUCCAAACAGUCCUGGAGAUCCAGAUCGUUUGUGUCAACAAGAUGGAACAUGGGAUAAUCCUAUUCCACCUGACUGUAGACCGGUUACUUGCCCACCACUUGGUUCAACCAAUGCCAAUCCUUCUACUGCUGACAACACGUGUGGACAGACUGUACAAUACGGAUGUGACUCUCCAUGCCAGGAAUUAGAUGGCCCAGACCAGAGGACCUGUCUCCAGUCAGGACAGUGGUCAACUCCUAAUGAACCAAGAUGCCAAACCAUAAGUUGUGAACCCAGGCCAAACAAUAUAGCUAAUGGUAGAGCAUCCACAACAGACCAGACCUGCCAGACAAUUGUAACAUAUAGUUGUGAUGAAUGUUACACACUGCGAGGAGCACCUCAAAGAAUUUGCAACCCUGAUAAGCAGUGGCAACCAGCACAAGAACCAUUUUGUGAAAGUCUUACUUGUGCACCGUUGACUAUCCCUAAUGGGGUAGCAAGAGGCACCAAUGAAUGCAACAGCUUUGUCACUAUAGACUGUAAUCCAGGGUUUGUUAGGCAAGGAACAUCAUCUCUCAGGUGUGCACCAGUGCCUGGAGACCCAACCAGGGUGAGAUAUGAGGGGGCACCAGCUACUUGUGGGAGAGUGCGAUGUCCGUAUCCAAUGCCUGAUGACCCCAAUGUUGAGAUAGUACCUGGAAGUGCCACCCCUGACUCAAGCAACACAUUUGCUCCAAAUGAACAAGUCAACUUUAGGUGCAGGGAAUGUUUCACAUUGGACCCUGGAAAUGGUGCAAAUCCUGAUACAGUGACAUGUCUCUCUACAGGAAUAGUUGAUAAACCCCCACCAACCUGUUCUCCUGUGACAUGUCCCCAAUUGUCUGACCCUAGCCCUGGAUCUGUGUUUACUCCUAAUAAUAAUUGUGGGUCCCAGGCCAGGUACAGUUGCCCCAGGUGUUUCAGCCUUGAUGGUCCUUCUGUGAGGGAGUGUGGAGAAAAUGGUCAGUGGACCCCUUUUCAGGAACCUGUCUGUCUUCCUCUCCGAUGUGACACACUCUCUUUGCAAAAUGGUCAGGUCAGUGGAUCCCCAAAUUGUGACAGUACAGUGACAAUCACAUGUAACCAAGGCUUUGAGCUAAAUGGUGACAGGAGUCUGACAUGUCAGCCAGUCCCUGGGGAUCCUUCAAGAGUGGCUUAUGACAGACCACUGCCAUCUUGUGGUAGAGUGCGUUGCCCCUACCCCAUGCCCAAUGACCCUAACUCAGAGAUUGUUGAGAACAUCAGUGCAGACAGGGAUCCUAUAGACAACACAUUUGGUCCUAAUGAAUUUGUGGUGUUCAGAUGCAAAGAAUGCUUCAGUAUAGUGCCAGACAGCAAUGGUGUAGAACAGGACACUGUCACGUGUUUGCCCAGUGGCAAUGUGGAUAGACAGCCACCAUUCUGUCAAUCUGUGACAUGUUCACCAAGACCCACUACGCCAAAUCAAGGUUCAGUCUCCUCUACAGACAACACAUGCAACACUGUGGUGACUUAUGACUGUAACAACUGCUAUAGACUAACAGGUCCCAAUAGCAGAACCUGUCUGCCUAGUGGCCAAUGGUCACAACUCCAAGAGCCUGUUUGCACCCAGUUGCGAUGUGAUGAGCUCUCUGUAGCUAAUGGGAUAGUGAGUGGAUCUCCUAACUGUAACAGUCAGGUGACAAUAGAGUGUAACCAAGGUUUCACAAGAAGUGGUCCUAGCACUAAGCGGUGUGUUCCUGAUCCCAAUGAUCCAACCCGUGCAAUCUAUGAACCCCAACAACCAACAGUAUGUAGUCAAAUUCGCUGCCCCUAUCCCAUGCCCACUGAUCCUAACAGUGAAGUAGUACCUGGAAGUGCAAUUCCUGACUUUGAUGACACUAUAGGACCUGGUGAUACAGUCAGAUACAGGUGUCUUGGUUGUUAUGAAAUCAGUCCUGACCCUAUCACAGGAUCUCCUGAAGAUUCAGUAACCUGCCAACAAGAUGGAAGUCUGCUUGGUUCUCCACCCUCUUGUCAAUUGAAGCGUUGUGAGCCAGCACCCAGUGAUCCUAGUCCAGGCACAGUGAGUCCUAAAGACAACACAUGUGGCACUGCAGUAAGGUAUAGCUGCCCUAGGUGCUACCAGCUAGAAGGUCAAAGUACUCGAGUGUGCCUGCCCAGUGGUCAGUGGUCUGAUCCGGCUGAACCAACAUGCCAACGUCUUGAGUGCCGGACAUUUACGGUAGCCAAUGGACAAGUGAGCGGCUCUAAGAGCUGUGACAAUUCAGUAACUGUUACAUGUGACCCAGGAUUCACAAUACAAGGCCCUGCCACAUUGGCCUGUGUACCUGUAGGCAGUGAUAGGGCUGAGUACAGUGGACCACAACCAACAUGUGGACAAGUUCGCUGUCCCUACCCUAUGCCAAAUAUUGACAGUUUUAUUGUGGAAGAUGAAAGUGCCAGAAGGGCUGCUACAUUUGGGCCUGGGGAGCAAGUGGUAUUCAAAUGUAGGGAAUGUUACAGUAUCAGACCAGACUCAAGUGGUAACCAAGAGGACACUGUCUUCUGCCAGGAGAAUGGAGAAACAUUAGGAUCACCUCCACGAUGUGACAAGCUGUCUUGCUCAGAGUUGCCUGCCCCACUAAAUGGACGAAGAUUUCCGAGUGUUGGCAAUAAUGAAUGUGGAGACCGUUUCUUUUUCCAAUGCAAUUCUGGUUUUGAACCAAAAGGCUCUAAGAUUAAUACAGUGAUCUGCGUUGACACUGGACGUGGGGAUGCUCAGUGGAACAAUGAUCCACUAACAUGUUCAGCAAGAUGCAAUUACCGGUUCCCUCCAUCAAAUGGUGACUUUGCUGAUGAUUCAGCCGACCCCUCUCCAAGUGACAAUCGUUAUUCCCCAGGGGAUGUUGUCAAGUUUAAAUGUAAUCCCUGCUAUGAGCUAGUAGGCCAGGAUACCAGCAACUGUCAAGCUGAUGGCUCUUAUGAUACUAGGAUUCCUGAAUGUGAAAGACUGGUUUGCCCUCCACUGUCAGAAGCCCCAGGCCUAACUAUAUCAUCUCAAAGCAGACUAUGUGGAAGGACUGUGUCAUUUGAUUGCCAGGAUGGCUUUAGGAAAGUAGGAGGAGUAGCUACUGCUGAAUGUCGGGAGACAUUCCCUGGCUCAGGGCAAGCCCAGUGGAGUGGUCAACCACCAACAUGCACAAGAAUCGAAUGCCCGGAUCCAAUGACUCCACUGAAUGGAGCAGUGGACCGUUCACCAGGAGCAACCUCUGCUAAACCUUAUACUCCAGGAGAUAUGGUGACAUUUGUUUGUAAUGACUGCUACAAGAUAGCAGUUGGACCUGGUGGGAUCCCUGAUGAUGAAAUCAUGUGUCUCGAGAGUGGAACAUGGGAUGCACCAUCUCCAACUUGUGAACGCGUGACAUGCAGCCCAGCCCCUUCCAAUCCUAGAAAUGGUCGGGUGGACAGCACCAGCACUGACUGUGAAGCUACUGUGACAUAUAGCUGUGACACCUGCUAUAGAUUGGUGGGAGAUCAGUCACGAACUUGCUCAAAUAAUGGGAUCUGGACCCCAACUCGUGAACCAACAUGUCAAAUAAAAACCUGUACAGAUGUCAGUUCUGUUUUACCUCCGAAUGUGAUAAUUCUCAACCAAGAUAAUAACUGUGGAGGAAAGAUUGAGUUUGCAUGCAACCAAGAAUUCUCACUUAAUGGAGCUGCGAGUCUAGAUUGUUUGGAGGAAUCAUCAGGAGAUGGAGCUACAUGGAGUGGGUCACUCCCAACAUGUUCUCAAAACACAUGCCCGAAUCCAAUGCCAGCUCAGUUGAGACGUGGGAACAUACCAGCCGUUCUAGUUGGCUCCCAAUCUGACAGUGCCCCCUUUACACCGUCAGAGUCACUAUUCUUCAGAUGCGAUGAUCCCUGUUACCAACUUAGUGAGAACAGAGAUGGAGACAGGAAUCCAAGAAUCACAUGUCUCAGUAGCUUAAUGUUUGAUUAUCCACAACAACAGUGUGAACCUGUCAAAUGUAGCCCAACUCCAAUCAAUCCACCUAAUGGCCGAGUUGACUCUACAAAUGAUGAGUGCCGAUCUGUUGUCACCUAUAGUUGCAAUGACUGCUAUAGACUUCAGGGCACAAAUAGUAAAGUGUGUACACCAAAUGGAAUCUGGGACCCGAGUGAAGGAACAACAUGCAUAUUAAAACAAUGUCCCGCAUUGACCCCUCCCCAGAAUGGAUUCAUAGUUGUACCAAAGACUGACUGUGGGCAAGAGGUCCAGUUUAGAUGUGAUGAUGGUUAUACCUUACAAGGACGGGAUCGCCUAACCUGUCAGAAUGGGAUUGGAGAUAGUGCUGCAUGGAAUGUCCAACCACCUACAUGUCAAUUGGAGAUAUGUAAGAACCCCAUGCCCUCAACUCUAAGGCCAGGCAACCAAGAAGCAGUGUUAGAUGAAGGACCAUCUGCCCAGAGCCCUUAUACAGAGGGCGCUAUACUGCUCUUUAAGUGCACCGACCCAUGUUUCCGAAUUUUAUCACCAGAGAAUACUGAAGGCCAGAGACGUCCUGAUAUCAACUGUGAAAGUGAUCUUGAGUUUAAUGCCCCAGAGCCACAAUGUGAACCCAUAAGCUGUAGCCCUGCACCAUUCAAUCCACCCAAUGGGCAAGUUGAUUUCACAGACUCAGCGUGCGACACCACAGUUAGAUACACCUGCAAUAGUUGCUAUGCCCUGUCUGGUGCUCCCACUAGGACCUGCCGACCUGAUGGAUUUUGGGACCCUUUCCCUGUCCCUUCUUGCAUAUUGAAACAAUGUGAGCCUUUAGUGGCUCCCUUGAAUGGAAGGAUUCUCAGUCUAAAUAGUGCAUGUGGAACAGAGGUUCAAUUUGCUUGCAACCAGUUCUAUUCUCUCAGAGGAUCAUCUGUAUUGACCUGCCAAGACAGUGGUCCAAACUCAGCUGAGUGGUCUGGUGAUAUACCACGAUGUGAACAAAACACUUGUGAGAAUCCUAUGCCAGCAAAUCUGCGACCAGGCAACGUAAAGGCAGUUCUUGACGUGGAUAAUUCACCCUCACCCCCCUACCUCAGUGGAGCCACACUACUGUACAAGUGCGAGGACAGAUGCUUUAAGAUUGCAGAAGAUAAUACCGGAAAUGACAGUCCAAUUAUAACAUGUCAAAAUAACUUAGAGUUUGACAGGCCAGAGCCACAAUGUGAACGCAUAACAUGUAGCCCACCGCCCAGUAACCCUGCAAAUGGAGCAGUUGACUCAACCAGUGCAGAAUGUGGAAAACCUAUUGAGUAUAAUUGUAACGAAUGCUAUAGACUAACUGGAGCCCCAUUCAGAGCUUGUACGUUCCAGGGCAUGUGGAUGCCAACCAAUGUGCCAACCUGUCAGCUGAAGAAAUGCAGAGAACUGCCUGACAUAGAUAAUGGAGAUAUCCUAUUUAGAACCACAGAUUGUGGCAAUGAGGUGAAAUAUGUGUGUGAGCCAUUGUUCUCUUUGGUCGGUAGUGACACUUUGAGAUGUGUCGACAGUGGAGGACGAGGUGCAGUGUGGGACAAUGAACCUCCUUCAUGUGAACAACAAUCAUGCCCCAACCCAAUGCCUCCCAUUCUCAGGCCUGGUAACAGGAGAGCAAUACCAGCUUUAGACGGUUCAAAUCUUGAUGAACCCCCUUAUAUACCAGGGACUACGCUUGUUUACAAAUGUGACGAUGAAUGCUUUCAAAUUGCGGAAAAUAGUAAUGGUGAAAGAAGGCCUGACAUUACAUGCCAGAAUGAUCUGAGUUUCUCUGAUAGAAUACCACAAUGUGAACCCAAGGGUUGCAGGCCUGCUCCAGUGAAUCCAACUAAUGGUGCAGUCUCCAGCACAGACACUGCCUGUGGUACAACUGUAGAUUAUAGCUGUGACAGCUGUUAUAGACUACAAGGACCUAGUUCAAGAGCCUGCGAGAGUAACCUAUGGACACCACCUUUUAUACCAACUUGCGAGCAACUUACCUGUCGACAGCUAAGAGCUCCUGAGAAUGGUCGAUUCUCCCCAAAUAGUAAUGUUUGUGAUCCAAACAGGCGAGUGACAUUCACAUGUACUGAUGGCUUUAGCCUGGUUGGAAAUAGAGUUUUAACAUGUUCUGAUGUUGGUGGCACUGCAGCAUGGUCUGGAAAUGAACCAACAUGCCAAAUGAAUGUAUGUUCUGAGCCUAUGCCUCCCUCUCCCAUACCUCCUGGUACAAAGGACCCAUUCAUUGACCCAAGCAACUCUGACCCUCCCCCAUACACCCCUGGAGAGGAGGUUACCUAUGCAUGUCCGAACUGCUAUGACAUCUCAAGAAAUGCUAGAGGUCAACGAGAUCCAACAAUUGAGUGUUUAAACAGCAUGGUUUUUGAUGAUAAGAUACCUCGUUGUGAAAAAAAGACAUGUAGGGGAGCAAUUAUUGCACCUGAGAAUGGGGCUGUGUCCAACACUGAUAAUACAUGUGGUAAUAGUGUUGUGUACACAUGUGACCAGUGCUACACCCUUUCUGAUCCCACCGCUGCCUCCAGGGCAUGCACACCAACAGGCUGGGUCCCUCAAAACCAACCUACAUGCAGAAGGGUAACAUGUGAAGACCUCACCAGUCCAGCAAAUGGAGAGAUCAUUGAAGAGAACCGAGACUGCCAGGGAAGAGCAAGGUUUAGGUGUUCAAGUGGAUAUAGAAUCUCUGGCUCUGAUACUCUGAUAUGUCAGCCUAAUGGCCGCUGGAAUGCUCCAAGGCCUGCCUGUGCUUUCGAUGAGUGCCCAUUUAUAUUGCCACCUGUGAAUGGAGGCUUUACUUCUGAUAGUGACACACCUCCUUAUAGCCUCGGAUCUGAAGUCUCCCUUGAAUGUGAUCCGUGCUAUAAGAUACAAAGGGGACCACCUGGCAGUGGAAAAGACAAAGUGCAGUGUACCACAUCAGGAUGGGAUGGGGAACUCAAUUCCUGUGAAAGAUUAAAGUGUGAACGAUUCUCUGGGAUAAUGUCUGGUGUGAUAACUGGCCAGAAUGAGCUGUGUGGUGAUUUUGCUCCUGGAGAGGGAACUGUCACAUUUUUGUGCAACAGUGGCUUUGAGAUAGAUGGCGCUCCCACACUGAAAUGUAUCGACAGGAAUGGAGAAGCUGCGUGGGACAAACCAAAGCCAACAUGUGUCCCAAAAACAUGUCCUGGAAUACAGCCCCCAGACAAUGGUGGUUUUAACCCAAUAGGAAGCAGCAUUCCUCCCUAUACUGCUGGUGACACAGUGGCAUUCAUUUGUAACCAAUGUUACAAACUUACACCAAAUUUGAACUCAAUUAAGUGUGAAACUUCUGGAGACUGGAAUAGAGAUGUGCCUCAGUGCAUAGGACCAUCUGAAUGUCAAGGGCUACCUUCAAAUCCUCGCAACGGAGAAGUUGAUCUUAGGGAUAAGAGAUGUGGAACUACAGUUACAUACAGCUGUAACACCUGCUACAGUCUUCAGGGGGAUGAGGAGAGAGAAUGCACUGUAAAUGGAUGGAGACCUCAAGCUGAACCCUCAUGCAAAUUGUUGCAGUGUGCAGAUGAUCUACCAGUUCCAGAAAAUGGAGUAAUCCUUGAGGAAAACAAUGACUGCGACAAGAGUGUUAGAUUUGGAUGUAAACCUGGCUUUAACCUGCAAGGACCAUCCACAGUAACAUGUCAACAAGAUGGCCCUAAUUCUGCUAAUUGGCAGGGUCCUUUCCCAACUUGUACAUCCAAUGUCUGUACCUUUGACAUCGAAACUGAAGGAGUGAUUGAAAAUGGAGAAAUAGAUUUGAACCCAGCCAAGACAGACGAACCCCCAUAUGUCCCUGGGUCUAAGAUUACAUGGAAAUGUGCCCCAUGUUAUGAGAUAGCAAGGGGAAGAGAUGACAAGACUAUUCCUACUAUAACUUGCACAGACAAAUUUAAAUGGGACAGACCUGUACCCAGAUGUACAAUAAAGAGAUGUUUCCCCUCUCCUGCUUCCCCAGCAAACGGUGUAUCAUCAUCCGUAGAUAACAAGUGUGGGACUAAAGUGUUCUAUACAUGCAAUGACUGCUAUAAGCCUGAUGAUAUAAGUCUCACCAUAAGGCAAUGUUCAGAGGAUGGUUGGAGACCUAAACAAGCCCCUAUAUGUGUUGAAAUAUCAUGCGAGGAAUUACCACCUCCAAAUUUUGGCCGUAUCGUAAGACAGAAUAAAGCCUGCAGAGGAACUGUUGAGUUUGCAUGUGAUGAAGGAUAUACACUCAAUGGGGAGAAUAACAUUAGAUGUAUCUCUGUUGGUGGUUUUGCAUUCUGGGAGUUUGACCCUCCCAUAUGUAGCAAGAGUACCUGUCCUGAUCCAAUGAAUUCUCCCCCAGAGAAUGGCUUUAUUGUCUCAGAGGACUCUAGCCCACCCCCCUACCAGGUGAAUGACAUCAUUGCAUACAGCUGCCGUCCAUGUUAUAUCAUAGCACGUAAUGCGGACAAUGAAAGGGAUGGGGAUAUACAAUGUACAGAUGCAAAGGUGUGGGACAGUCCGACACCUACAUGUGAAUUGCUGAAAUGUCCAAAGUUAACAGCUCCUGAAAAUGGCGCAAUCGUCCAAGAAGACAGGGACUGUGAUGGCACUGUGGGUGCCUCAUUCACAUGUGAUGACGGCUUUGAGCUGAUUGGUCCUCAACAAAUUCUAUGCGUCAGUGAGGGCAAUGGUGCAAAGUGGAAUGAUAAUCCACCAACAUGUGGAGCAACUGCCUGUGGGUUACCCCCAGAUAUUGAGAAUGGCCAGAUUGACCCCAGAGGUACCAGCCCUCCUCCCUUUACUGAAGGGGAUAUUGUGAAAUAUAGAUGUGAUGCGUGCUACUAUAUUAAGCCUGCUGCAGAUGGUACCAAAAGAGAAGAGUCCAUGUGCCUAGCUAAUGGUAACUGGGAAACUCCACCAAUAUGUACAUUGUUAUCAUGUCCGCAAGUAAGUGCUCCAAGAAAUGGCGGUCGCACUCCAAAGAGGAACAACAAUGAAUGUGGCAAGUUUAUCACAUUUAAAUGUAACGAUGGCUUUGAACCUGGUGGCAAUAAAGUGAGUCGUAUCAACUGUAUUAGGAAAUCAGAAGAUAAAGCAGACUGGGAUAAUGUUCCUCAAACAUGUGUACCAGGUGA